AUGAAGUCGUGUAGGCGGAAUGUUCGUGGCGUCUUCCUCUGCACCUUCCACAAGCUGGAUAGCGCGUGGGCUUUCCCCGCCUCUCCACAAAAGCCAACAAGGAACCAAGGUCCAUGGAGCUGUCAGCCCCAACCGAGCGCCCGUCUCCACACCUUUUGCUUCCUGCACCCUCAUCUCGACAAGUUGGUUGUCGUCACACUGCCUGAUGCUGUGCGUCGUUCCUCCAAUCGGAAGAAAUCACGUCUCCUGGACUGGAUGUGCUCCGCGUCUUUUGCCGGGGUAGCUCACCCACCGACUGGGGGAGCUUUCGUCCUGGAACCCCCCAAACAAACGUCAACAGAGUCGAACAAAAACAGGCAGCGGGCCCAUUUCGAGCCAUCUGUCGUGAAGAGCGACCUUCUACGUUGCCAGCGAGCAUGGCAUCCGAGAAGUGAAGCUCCGCCCAGCGCGCAUCGUCUUCCAAGCCGAUCCCUCUCCGCUCUAAUCACCCGCGGCUGCGGGGAAAAGUCAUCGAGGGAGGGUAAGGCGAGCGACCGAACCGUGGUCGCUCAACUGCCAAUUGCAUCACCUAUACUCAGUGUGCAAAGACAAGCCUGGUACAAGAUCAAGAUGAAGCUCUCCAUUCUCUUCUCCGUCGCGGCGACGGUGACGCCCAUCCUCGCUCAGAACGCGACCAAGCCAACUCCCGACAAGGACGGCAAGUACGAGAUCUCUGCCGAGGGCAUUCGCGGUCUGUUCAUUCCCUAUGGCGCUUCCAUUGCCAAUCUGUUCAUCAACGACACCAAUGGCAUUGAACGCGACAUCGUCUUGGGCUUCGACAAUGCUACCCACUACGCCGAAGACGAGUUCCACCCUCACUUGGGAGGUGUCCCUGGUCGCUAUGCAAACCGCAUCAAGAACAGCACCUUUGUCAUUGAUGGGGUUGAGUACAAUGUCACGCCAAACGAGAACAACGGCGCCGACACCUUGCACGGUGGCCCUGAUGGCUGGGAUUACCGUGACUUCGAGGUUGUCUCCCACACCAGCGAUUCCAUCACUUUCUCCAUUGUCGAUCCUGAUGGCAAAGAGGGUUUCCCCGGUGAAGUCAUCAGCUACAUCACCUACACCAUGACCAAGAACACUUGGAGCUUCAAGAUGGUCGCUCUCUCGACAACCAAGAAGACCCCCAUCAUGUUGAGCUCGCACGUCUACUGGAAUCUCGACGGCUUCGCCAACCCAGACACGCCAACAGCCUCAAACCACACGCUGCAUCUCCCUCACUCGGGCCAGCGUAUCGGCGUCGACAACAUCCUGAUCCCAGACGGCACCAUCCUCCCCAACGAGAAAUACUCGGUUAACGACUUCUGGUCAAGCCCUAAGCAACUCGGCGCCAACCUCACAUCCCCCGAAAUUUUGGGCAACUGCGGCUUCAACUGCACCGGAUACGACAAUGCUUACCUCGUCAACCGUGCCCAAAACGGCCCGUACGACUGGCGUACUAGCGGCCCCGUCGCUACGUUAGCGAGUGAGUGGAGCGGUAUCCAAAUUGAUGUCUUCUCAGACCAGGACGCGUUCCAGGUGUACAGCUGCCCCGGCCAGAACGGAAGCCUCCCUAUCAAGUCCACCCAAGGCCUCGACUCCCGCCCUCGCGUCGUGGAGAAGUACGGCUGUGUCGUAAUGGAGGUCGAGGACUGGAUCGACGCCAUCAACCAGCCCGAGUGGCAGCGCGAGAAGAAGCACAUCUUUGGCCCCAAUGACCCAGCCUACGUGCUCGAGGCCUCCUACGUCUUCUCCGUCAAUUAA